UAUGGCGUUGGCACCAAGCUUGAUCUCAAGCCGGUGUUAUAUAUAUAUAUAUAUGUAUAUUUAUAUAUUGGACUAGCAAUAACUUUCAUUAUUUGCUUCUGGUGGUUUCAGGUUUACAAGGCUGGUGUAAAUCCAAACUUCCCAAAUGGCGGGAAAAUGUCUCAGUUCGUAAUGAAUAUUCCGAUCGAACAAUUUAUUGAUGUACGCGGCCCAGGUGGGAAUUUACACUACAAAGGUCGCGGCGUAUUCGAUAUUAAACCGGAUGCUGCCAGUCCGCCAAACGAGUAUAAAGCCACAUAUGUUAGCAUGAUCUGCGGUGGUUCCGGUAUCACUCCCAUGUUCCAACUCCUCACACACAUUUUGCACGAUAAAAAAGAUUGCACUAAGCUGGCUCUGCUCUAUGCAAAUAACACGGAGGGUGAUAUUCUACUCCGCGAUGAACUAGAAGACCUUAAGGAUAAGUUUCCAGAUCAGUUUAAAUUGUGGUACACAGUGACAGAAGCACCACCUCGUAAUUCGCUUCACUGUAUCUCACUGUACGAUGAUGAUGCCUGUUUGAUCACUCUGUGCAUCGAUGGAUUCAGUGUGCCUCACUUCAUUCGGCAGUGCACUAAUCGAUUGGUUCCACAUUCGGUUUAUCGGUUCUAA